AAGAAUGUGUAGUGUUUAAAGUACCCUACUCAGCACUGCCGCCCAGUCUUAUAUGGCAAGUCCUCCUGCACACAUUCUUAACGAAUCUUCUAGCAAGUCCCACUCAGCGUUGAGAACACCACACAACUGUGUCGUAACCGGGUGCUCAGGGAAAGGUAGUGGUAUGGGCAAUCAUCGGUUGGGUGUGAUCAGGGUCAUACAAUCAUGUCACUCAACAGGUUUUACUGGCGUAAACAGACGAUGUUAUUUCGUAACAAUAUGAAUAGUACAUUAUCAUGUUUUCCUCAAUAAGGACUUUUUUACUGGUGUGUUCUUAGAACUAUUUCUUCUCAGAACUGCCUUGAACCAAUCAGAGCUUAGAACUGCAUCAUAUAUUACUUGUAUUACGAUUACAGGUUUGUGAUAGCAAACUUACUUUUUUACCGAUUCACAAUACAAAAGGGUGAACUUUUGGUAUAGUACAAUCAUGUUAAUGAGCUCGACCAAAAACCAAGUAGAUGUAAGGUGGCUCUUUUUUGUUACUCGCAACUAUUACUAUAGGGCAAGCCCAAUCGAAUGGAACCGUUUUGUGUGCGAGUAGUUUGACAAAAGAAUACUGGGAAAACAUUCUGCAUCUUUGCGAAAAUGUUGCCAUUCUAGUUUGGCUUCGUGGCUAAUUCGACCAGUAGCCGUAUAUUUCUGAAUCAUUGGAAAGGUGAUACGUUUCGCUUACAACAUAGAUAUUCAAAUUGAAUUUUAACACCCGUAUAACGUUUCUUAACCUUCUAGCCUUGCGACCAUACUGGGUUCACACAUUACUCAUAUAUAAACCACGUCACUGGCCAUGUACUGCGUGGGAGUUGGGCAACACCUGCAAAAUAUUCCUCUUUCCCUAUCAACUUCCUCUUUCUCAAAUUCUUGUACUAACAUCCUUUUUCCCUUUUAGCGUCUGUGAAGUAUUUUUGUCUAUUGCGGAUGCAAAACACAUUAAACUAAUAUGUAAAGUAACAGAAAAACAGAGUGUCGAUAAGAAGCAUACUUUGAAUCUUAGGUAUCGAACACGCCUACACUUUUCUAGUUUACGUGGCUCAAUUGACCUCUGCUGUGUUCACGUGGGACGCGGACAUUGACCUCCUCGUCAAGUCACAAGACUCCCUUACCUCCCUAAAGUUCACUGCUGUGUGUGAGGUGCUCCUGGUGAACGGAACAAGACUACACAUGUAUGUACGAUUAAUGCAGCAGCUUAACAAAAGUUAGUAGGUGACAAAACAAGAUGGCGGACUUUAAACAUGGGCUAAUGGGCUGUUUUGACAACUGUGGAAUCUGCAUCGUCGGGUACUUCCUCCCGUGUGUUCUGGCUGGACAGAACGCCGAGAAGGUUGGCCUUGGCAGCUGUUGCAUGUGCGGGUUCCUGUCCCUGUUUGGAUUUCCCGGUCUCUACAUUGUAGCCAGGACAAGGGAAGAAACACGAUAUAUACACUCUAUAGAGGGAACAUUCCUUAACGACUGUAUCCUGACUUUCUUCUGUCCGUUCUGUGUGAUGGUCCAGACUGCACAGGAGCUAGAUGAGGGAAUGGGGGCGCAGAUCAUCAUUCGGCAGUAACAUUUCUGCUUUCCGAUACGCGUCUGUAUAGCCAACCACAAAAAGGAUACAUUGUUAUAGCUACUGAAAACAGAAGAUGUUACAGAAAUCAUGCAGAGACAACAUUUUAUCAUUUGUAUCAAGAGCGCGAAGUUCACAUGUUCAAAGGGUUACAGAUCGACAACAUGGCGGAAGUUCAGUGACAGUCCGUAAACUGUUUUGAAUCAUCUUAGCCAAAUUUAAAUUUGCUUUCUUUUUUAGUUUGAUUAAAACUUUAGACGUUUCAUCAAAGCAAUGAAGUAAAGAAGCCAUCUGUAGGCCUAUCUAUGCAUGCGAAGUAAUAAGGAAUUCAUAUGUCAUAGAAUAUUUCUAAAUCUCCAAUAUACGAAUAGUUUCGAAAAUAAAAACCAUGACAAUAAAAAUCAUGUCUAAUACACUUUAUUUACCUGCAUAAUACAAUUUUAUAAGCAUU